CCCCGCCUGCCCUCACUCAUCAGCAGCGCUGCCUACAACCUCUACGACACCACACCACCACCACCUGUUUUUCUUCUUACAUCUCUGAUUCUCUCCUCUCUUGGUCCAACGUGCCUGAGACGGGAAACAGCACACUCCCGAAACUAACGCCGCCACGAGCUUUUACUUGCAGAGACUCUGGCAACCUUGGCGCUCGAGUAUCUCGCCCGUCCUUCUUCAGACAUUGUCACUGUCUCACGUGGGCGUUCCGAGUAUAGAACAUAUUUGUCACUGAGCCCUCCAUCCCACCUGUUGACUCAUCUAUCCAGUCAUCCGUCCCCGCGACUCAACACCAUCUUCAACCGAUCUUCGACAUUCCAUCCUUGAUCGUCCCUCGUCUUUCAUCCCUCGCUCGAACGCGCCGGUUGUCGCAAUGGCCGACCAAGGCAGAUACAGAUAUCCAUCGGUAGCACCCCCAGUUGGGAGGCGGUCCCCUACAAUGUACAAUCCCGCACGCCUCUCCAUGCCCAUAACUGGUGCUGGAACAUACCAGUCGCUAUACGGAGGCGAGAUCCCAGUUCUCCCUACAACUCACGAGACACUCCCUCUCCGAUCGCCUGUUUCGGCCACUGCCGACUAUCGUCCAAGCACCAUUCCCAUCGAUUCCGGUAGCUAUGCGGUCAGAAAGGAGCCCAUUCCACGGAGCAUGAGCGUGAAGGACCACGGCACCAGAAGCCACCGAUCUGCCACUCUCGACGCAGCCUCUAAGCGCCCCGUUAUCAAGCAUGCGCCCGAAUCCCCAGUUCCCAGUAGCAUACGAUCGGGGAGCCCAUCACGCCCUGUCUACCGGGCCAGCGAUGAGUUUUAUACACAACCUGCUUCCUCCAUAAACCGGUCACGAAGCGUUGCGCGCGCCCCAUUCAGCGCCAACAUGGAUGAUGCCGAAUAUCAACGUCUAAGGGAACGCACCGACCGGGAAAGAAUGGAACAUGAAAGGCUAUAUGGUUCUAGAGCUGCCGACCUGUAUCGUGCGUCACGACCAACAGUGCUCUAUUCCAACACCCCUCGAGCCGCUCCUGGGUACGACGAAGAAGCAUUUGUCGAGUACACAAGGCCAGGUGAAUUGGCUCGUUAUGAUCUCGAUCAUCCCCGUAGGAGCCGGCGUGAAAGCAUCGACCACUACUAUCGACCGGCAGUCAGCGUCUCAUCUGAUGUAGGACGUCCAUACGAUACCAUUGACAAGCGGCUUUACGACCCACCACCGAGUGCCUUCGGUUAUGACAAACCGGGCCGGGAUGCUAUUUCUGGACUGUAUGACCAUAAUAGCGUUCGUCCCGCACCUUCGGAGGUUCUUUCUGAUACGGCGGUGCGCCGACCUCCUGCGCUUCUUGACUCUCCGCUACCGCCAGGGUCUUCGGCAACAACAAAGCGCACUUCGCGCCGAGCUGCCUCUCGUCCGCGCCCAAUUUCCCUCAUUCAGGAAACGCCAAGCCGAUCGGCCCACCCUGAUGAGUAUUACCGAGCUCGGGAUGACGGCUACUACAAAGUUGAUGAUGUCUCACAGCGCGGAUUCGGCAUCCGACCUGCUGCGAAGGACCAUGAAGAGCGACAAAGAUCACCCCGUGAGAAACAAUAUUAUGACGAACGGCGGGACCCACGUGAGCCCAGAAGGAGGUCAGACGAGGACUUGGAGGUUGUCAGACAUAGGAACCACGACGACCGUGACCGACGAGACUAUCAUAAGCUACCUCCAACUCGAGAGUAUCUUCCAGUUGACGACCGGGAAGCCAGGCGCGACAAGCAUGUCCCCGUCAACGACAUCUCAGCUGCAACCGCAAUGACUGUGGCGUCAGCUAUCAACGGCAGGGACGGUAGAGGUGAUAGGGAUAUUGAGUCUCCGAGACGACGUUAUGACGAAGACUAUGAGCGCCGUGAUCCUGAUCCGCACCCCAGGACCAGCCGUCAUGCUGAGGAUUAUGAGCGUAGGAGGGUUGAUGAUCCUGAGCCCCGCCGACUUCCCCCCAAGGAUGACGACUAUGAUCGUCGGAGGAGUGAUGUUCCUGAAACAUACUCCCGGGUGAGCUGUAACGAUGACGACUAUGACCGGAGGAGAGCUGAUGACCACGAACCCCGCCCACGAACUGGUCACAGGGAUGAGGACUUUGAUCGCAGGAGAGAUGAUGACCUUGAACACCGCAAACAAAUCGAUUACAAGGAUCAAGGCCAUGAUCGCAGGCGAGAUGAUGACCUUGAUCAUCAUAAACGAGCUGAUUAUAAGGACCAAGACUAUGAUCGCAGGAGAGACGAUGAGCCUGAGUCCCACAAGCGAAACGAUCAUAGAGACGAAGACUAUGACCGUAGGAGAGUGGAUGAUCUCGAACCUCAUACACGGACUGCCCACAGAGAUGAGGAUCAUGAGCGACGGAGAAUCGACGACUCUGAGCCCCAUCCACGAGACAGUCAUAGAGAUCGAGACUAUGACCACAGCAGUGUCGAUCCUCGCGACAGCCACAAACGAGACAGCCGCGAUGAAGAACAUUACGAACGCCGAAGGGAGGCCGACAAUCCCGAGCCUCGGACUCGGCCUAGUCGUGAAGAAGACCAUUACGAUGACCGAAGGGUCGAUGAUUCUGAGCCGCGCGUCAAAGCUGGCCGCGAUGACUAUCGGAGAAGCCACGAGAGCUUCCAGAUGGUCGACCUACCCGGCGGGUUCCCCAGCGAAAGAGACGAAAGGGAGACUGGCGACGAAACAGAUGCUGAAAGCCGAGGCCGCCAUAGACGUGACACAGAGGCGAAACUCAACGGGGAGCCUGCCUCCUCGCCACCACGAGAACACUCCAGGGAACACUCCAGAGAACACUCCAGAGAACGUGAUGACAAGGAUGAUGAGACACACCCCCGACCACGUCCCUCGUCUACUUUUGAUCCUAAUGACACUGCCGGGCUGGAGGAGCUCAAGGCCGAGUUGGCUGCACAAGAGGCCAAGGAAAAUGCCAGCGAGGGUGAUCGUACCCCUAAGGAGCACUCGCCUGAGCGGAAGCCAUCGCCCGUUGAGGAAGAUUCUAAACCCAGCACUGAAGCCGAUAACACAGCAAUGGCCGGGAAUGAAGAGGACGAGAGUAGAGGACGUGAACUGGUUCCUCACGGGCAGAAGCAAGUUCGCGUCGUGUCUCCUCCGAGAGAGAAGGAAGAGAAGAAGCCCAUCAAAGGCAUUCUCAAACAACCAAAGGCACAAUUUCCAGAACAUCCCAACACUGUCCGGGAGGGAGUUUCUCCUCACAAGGACGACAAGACCAAACAAAGCGUACCUCAGGGUGCCAAAUGGACCAAGAUCAACAGGAAGCUGGUCAACCCCGAGGCUCUAACUCUAGGCAAGGAGCGAUUCGAGGUCCGAGAUGACUUUGUCAUUGUUCUUCGGGUCUUGGACAAGGCGGAUAUCCAGAAGUACGCCGACAUUACUGCUCAGUUGAGAGAGAAACGAAGAAAGGAGUACGAAGAUGAGCAGAAUGGCAAGGCGCUGGUUCACCAUGAGAGAAACGGGUCGUAUGAUAGAGAUGAGGAAGAAAGCAAGCGCCGGCGUCACCACCGAAAGGACAAAGACGAGCUUGAAGACGAUAGGAGAGAGUACAGACGCCAUCGCGCGACGGAUGAACAAGAUGCCUUGUAUGACGCGAGGCAACCGUCGAGGUCGCACCGCCGGGACUAAAUUUUGGACAUCUGGUUGGUGAGGCCAUAUAGAGGAUAUCGAAAAGGAAGUGUUUUGGAGACGAUUAACGAGAUAUGAGCACUAGAGUUGAUGAUAUGAUUCUGCAUAUGGCCUUUUUGUAUGAGAAAGGAAAAGCUGGCGGACUUUUGAUCGAUGGCAUGACGAUUUUUGGAUCAUUAGAUGUACGGAAAUAUGUAUGUGAAGUGGCUGAAGCUUGCUGCUAUGUUCUGUCCGAAACCGAAAAGGCUAGCUGGCUAGACUCAAAAUGCUCCCUGGCUAGACUAAACCCACUUUU